AUGGAUAAUUUGGAAGAAUUAAAAUAUACAGAACUUCGUAAUCUUGCUAAAAGCCUUGGUCUUAAGGCCAAAGGAAAGGCAGACAAAUUAAUACGAGAUAUUAGAAGAUAUCACAAAGAUGAUGGCAAAUCGAUAUCACCUGAAAGAAAAUGUGAUGAACCUGUUUCUCCUGAAGAUGAGACGGUCUUUUCAUUGAACUCAUUUUUCCAGGAGGCAGAUGAGAGUGAAGUUGCUGAACAAUAUGUGGAUGAUGAAAUUGUCUUUAUGAUGAAUCCAGUCGAUCAAGAUGAGGAGAAUAGCAAAUGCAAUAAUUCUGCAGAAUUGGAGAACAUCGAAGAUACGUUUAGUAAAAUAGAUGAUCACAAUGAAACAGUAGAAUUUGAAAAGCAUCAAGCAACAAAAGCUGAAGUUGCUGGUAAUGAUGACGAAGUCAAAGAGCAAUUAAACACAACGUUUGAAAUUGAGAAGGACAAAGAUGAGCAAGGCAAUGAGGCCUUGGGGGAGAAAGUUGAUAAUGUGCAGGAUUUACUUGAGGUUAUGCGACCUGAGAUGACUGAUGAAGAAAUGAAGGCUGAGUUAAUGGCUGCUAUUGACAAGAAGGUUCAGAACAGAAAAGUGACCAUCAUGAGCCCCAAUGCUGCUUCAGAAUUUAUCAGCCGUAUCCCUACUCUUUCCACUGCCAACAAAUCACAAACAAAAGAAGAAAAGGCAGCUCUGAAAGGCAAAGAUUGGCAGAAGAUCCAUGAGAAACUAUUCAGUAAGCAGGAUCCAUUGGAUGUUUACCUGGAGAAGAAGAAUAAACGCAUGCAGAAGAUGAAUACUCCUUUAAAAUCUGCCAAGCGGAUUGCUGCAGAGAGCCAAAAGGCUGCAGAGAAGAUCAAGAAGCGCAAGGAAACACGAUCCGCUGCUAAGCCUUCAACCCAGAAAACUACCAACCAAAGCUUCAUACCAAAAAUAGUCUCUACCAAGUCAAUGUCUUUACAGUUCACGACUACAUCCUCUACUGUUAACUCUGUGACAAAAUCAACCCGAACGCCAGUUUCUUCCACGAAACAAAACAAAAACAAAAUAGUGAAAUCAGCCAAGAAGUCACCAGUAAAAUCUUUGUCCGACUCCGCCAAAAAGACAUUGAAACGUUCACCAAAGACCUCACCACCAAAGUCACCUUUGGUCAAGAAGCCUUUUACUCCUUUCAACUUUGGGAAUAAGUCUUUGACUCUUACUCCCGAUUCUGCCAAGAAGAGCAAAUUUGACCUGCAAGCCAGUUUGGCAAAGCCCAUCACUUGGAAGAAACACACAGGCAAAUUACGGCCUAUGGCAUUUGGUAAUGUGGGGCCGCAGUAUUUUAAAAAGGGGUUGAAUACCUCCAUCCAGACCAACAGAGAGAACCGCCGUGCUGAUACAGCCAGGUGUCGUGCCACCAAGCGUGACAAUCUCUUAAACAGUCGACGCAAUAUCAAAUUAUAA